AGGCUCUGAGAGGUUUCUGCUAUCAGCCAAUGAGACUGACUGAGUUCGUUCAGUACCGUUUCUAAGCUUUUGAGCCCCGUUCAGCCUCUGCAAAGGGGUUUGCUCUCGAUCGUUGUGACGAUCACGCGCAAACGCACUGUUGCUAUGUCUCGCGCCAAUCUAGUGCCGUUUCUCAUUGUGCUCCAAGUCGUCUGUUGCAUGUUGCAAGUCGCGGAAGCGGCGACGUUCAACAUCAUCAAUGGGUGCCAAUUCACGGUGUGGGUAGGAGUGCAGCCCAACGCAAAACUGCCGGUGCUGGCCAACGGUGGUUUUGCUUGUGCCUCCGGUGACAAGGUAGCUGUGACUGCGCCACAGGGCUGGGGCGGGCGGUUCUGGGGACGCACAGAUUGCAAAUUUGAUGCAGCUGGGAAGGGCCUAUGCGUAACUGGUGAUUGCGGGAACGUUCUCCAUUGUAACGGCGCCGGGGGCAACCCUCCUGCGUCCCUGGCAGAGAUUACACUCAAUGGAUCCGGUGGACUGGACUUCUAUGACAUAAGCCUUGUAGAUGGCUACAACCUGCCUAUUUCAAUGAAACCCAUCGGUGGAACCGGUGAAUGUGGUGCAACUGGAUGUAUCAGCGACUUAAACACCAAGUGCCCCGAAGCCCUUAAGUUUUGGUCAGGGUUCAAAGUGGCUGGAUGCAAGAGCGCCUGUGCGGCGUUCAAUGAACCACAGUACUGCUGUACUGGCGCUUACAACACAGCCGCUACAUGUCCUCCCACCCAGUAUUCCAAGGCUUUCAAAGCCGCUUGUCCCACUGCGUACAGUUACGCAUACGACGAUGCCACCAGCACCUUCACUUGCAAAGCGCUGGUCUACGAUAUCACCUUCUGCCCUCCCGGAACCGCCUGAUUCUAAACUUUGAAGGCAUGCCAGGCACUUCAAUAUACGUUGAAUUGAUGCUUGUGGCAAUCUGGCGCAGCGAAUCGAUAGCUCUACUCAUGAAACUUCUUCAAAUUGAGCAAUGCGUUAGUCUAAUCGGUAUCAGUUAUAGGUUUCCUUGUAUGGAGUGGGACAAGUUUUGAUUGGAGUGGGUGAUUAAAAGUUGAGUUCAGGAGAUCAUCUGAAGCCUAUUGCAUGCAUGUGGGAGAAUUUUUAACGUACAAGUAGCACUGAUGUAAAGAGUUGGUUCUGCUUUUCAGAAAUGUGUUACUGUUUCGGUUUUGCAUUAGCAACGUCGGUUAGCGGUCAAAUUGUAUGGUGACAUCAGAUACAUUUCAGAUCUGAUUGUCAACGUUUUACAGCAAGCAGUAGUCGUUCGAAUCUUCGCGAAGAAAUUCUCGUAAGAGCAUGGGUAAUUUAAUAAAACUUGAAAGUCUCAUUUCUUCCUUGUCUCGAAA